AUGUAUCCCAUGACAGUAAUGGCUGCGGCCUUUGGCCUGUUGAGUGCGACGGUGAUCGCAGCUCCCGUUGAGCCCGCUGAAACCUACGAUCUUCUGGCGGACCUCACCAAGCAGGCCAUGGACGCCCUCACGGAGUCUGGUGCCGGCAGCAAGCGAAGUGACUGCAAUAUCUUCAACGCUCGUUACCGCCGGGAUUGGGCUUCAUUGUCUUCCACGGAGAAGAAGGAAUAUAUCAGCGCCGUCCAGUGCAUGUUGACGUCGCCGUCCAAGUCAGACCCUGCGUUCGCCCCGGGUGCCCGCAAUCGCUAUGACGACUUUGUCGCCGUGCACAUCAACCAGACCGUUCAGAUACACGGAACCGGCAACUUCCUAACAUGGCACCGCUACUUCGUCCACUCCUACGAAGAAGCUCUGCGCAAUGAGUGUGGCUACAAGGGAGCCCAGCCUUACUGGAACUGGAUGAAGAACCAGGACGAUCUUACCGAAUCCCCUGUUUUCGAUGGGAGUGAAACCAGCAUGAGCGGCGACGGCGUCUUCGUCGAGCACAACGGCAGCGUCGGCGGCGCCGGUGCCAUCCCCUUGCCGUCCGGCAACGGCGGCGGUUGCAUUGCCAGCGGCCCUUUCAAGAACAUGACCGUCAACCUGGGACCCGUCAACCCCGGCAUGGACGGUCUCAAGGCCAGCCCCAACGGCAGACUCGGCCACAACCCUCGCUGCCUCACCCGCGACCUGAGCAGCUACGUCGCGAAGAACUGGUUCACCAACCAAAACCUGUUCAAUAUCACCCUCGGCCAAGCAUCCCGGAGCAUCGAGCUCUUCCAGAACGAGUUGCAGGGCCGCUUCUCCGACGGGUUUCUCGGCAUGCACGCCGCCGGCCACUUCGCCGUCAACGGAGACGCCAGCGACCUGUUCUCCUCUGUCGUCGAUCCCAGCUUCUUCCUACACCAUGCUAUGGUCGACCGCGUGUACUGGCUGUGGCAGGUCCUUCACUUGGGGGGGAUAGCCUCCGAUAUUGCCGGCACAAUCACCAUCAACAACAACCCCCCUAGCCGAAACGCCCUCAAGACUGAUAUCCUCAACAUGGGUGUGACCGCCGCGAGCGCCACCAUCGGCGAUGUGCUGGAUACCCUGAGCGGUUCUCCUCUGUGCUACCUCUACGCGUAA